AAAUCAUACAGCUGCUAUUGACAUGUAUAGCCUAAUGCACCACUUACACCAAUGUGUUUCAUUCAUUAGAUAGCUAGGAAUAAAUCAUUUUGUGCAGGUUAGGGUCAUGCUGCAGCCAUGCAGCUGCCCUUAUGUUUAAAGUUGAGCUGUGGGUCAGGAUGGGAAAGACGGAGAAGUGUUGUACUUCAGGGACAAAUAUGUGGCUCCACUCAUCCAAGAGAGAGGUGAAGCCAGCCAGACUGAGUAAGAUCAGCUUCAGAAAGCCUAAGAGGACAGACACCCAACUGCAGCCAGCCAGAGCAAAGCGUAGAAAGAACAAUGUGAAAGAGCUGACAGAUGAAGACAUAGCAGAUCUGAAAGUCUUGGCACCUAACGCAGCUGUGCUUACUAGCAUGGACUUCAGUGACACUGAUUCUGCAUCCGAAUCCGACACAGAGACCGGAGACCUGCCAGAGCCACUGGUAGCUCUGUAUGAUGUCACUCUGAGAGGCCUCUGCCCAAAUAAAAUACAAGAGAGAAGUGAAGAUACCUUUGCAAAACUGGGGCGAGAAUUAACUAACGAGCAGUGUGUGAACCUUGAGUUUACAACUAGAAACCAGUCCCAGUCUCAGGCCUGGCACACACACAGAACUGGCAGGAUAACAAGCACAACCCUACAUCGUGUCUGCACUGUAGAAACCGAAAAGGCAAAAACAAACCUUGUAAAACAGGUUAUGCACUACAGCAAUCAGGACUUGUCCCAUGUCCCAGCAGUACUUUGGGGAAGAGAUAUGGAGGACACAGCCAGGAGACAAUACACAGAAAUAAUGAAAACACAACAUCACAACUUUGACGUGGAACUCUGUGGUCUUGUUGUGAGGUCUGACAAACCACAUCUUGGGGCAUCGCCGGAUGGAAUGGCACACUGUACCUGCUGUGGGAAAGCAGCUGUAGAGAUUAAGUGUCCAUACAAAUACCGUGAUGGUCUGAUGGGCAGCAGUGAGGACACACAGUUCUGCUUAGACAAAGCACUACACCUAAAGAGGAAUCAUGAAUACUAUCAUCAAGUUCAACUUCACAUGUUUGUAUGCAACAUCCAGUACUGUGACUUCGUAGUGUGGACAAAGCAAGAUGUCACUAUCAAUCGCAUCAACAGAGAUGAAGAAAUGCUGCAAGCAGUCCUGCCGAAAGCUGAAGUGUUCUUCAAACAGUGUGUUUUGCCUGAGCUGUUAACGCGCCGCAUGGAUCCACUGAUGCAAGCACCUACAGUCUGCCCACACUGUGAAAGACCAGACUUUGGGAUGAUGAUUGACUGUGCAAAGUGCAAGAACCAUUUCCACUACACAUGCGCCAGAGUAAGGAGAAAGGUUGUGGAGUGGUACUGUGAACAGUGCAAAAAUUAAUGAGUCAGAAUGAAGUGUAAAUAGAAACAAAUUAUUUAAUACACACUAGUAUUUUACAUCGAAGCACAAUCAAAAAAAAAAAAAUGUACA